UGAAAGUUCUGACCAUUAUUUUGUGUCAACAAAGUACACUGUAAAUAACUAUACUUAAUACUAUCAUUCUAUGUGUAAGAUAUCUGUUUAUUCUCUGACUUUGUUCUCAUCGAUGUAAUUGCAGUAUGAACAGUUUUAAUUUAUAAGACGUCAUGUUUCCAAAUGCGAUUAACUUCAAACUACUCACAUAGGAGAGAGCGAACUGGAUUUACAGUGGCAGGUGAGUACAUCGGCUCGGCAUACCUGCUUUUUUUUAACUUUUACUUACUUUUGGCUUAGGCAAAAAGUUUCAGUUUUGCACAACACAAUUUCGAUGUUUUGCAAAUCAAUAUUAAAAAAAAAAGUAGUAAAUAAAAUUACCGGCGACUUACCUAUUGACAUAAAUCUAUUACUAUGUAGUAAAUAUUUAAAAUAAAAAUAUCUACUACUAAGAGUAACUGGCUAAACUGAUUCUUUUAAACAAUUGCCGAUUGCCAGGUCUUGAUUCUGAUUUGUCCCAGUUGAAAAAUUAAAAUUAAAAUAAUUUAAAUUACAAUUAUUUGAAAUUGAAUUCAUCAUCAUCAUCAUCAUGUCCCUUAGUCGUUGGGGCGCCACAGAUGACAUGUGAACUAUCCUCCUCCAUUCGUCUCUGUCUUCUCAGUCUGCACUACCUCUUCUGCACUACGCGUCUUCUGCACUAUGCACAGCAUCGCCUAGUUUUAGUCCCGUCCACUCUUUGAUGUUAUUCAGGCAUGCUAAUGGCUGCUAAUGCUAAUGACCUAGUGCCUAGUCAUGCCUCUGCAAGUGGGUGCCAAUUCAAUAAUGUUCCCAAUAUCAAUAAUAGGCUUCAACAGUCAAUACCUGCAAUAGUUAACCUAAAGACUGAAAAAGUGUAUGCUGCAAGGCCCAUCCCCAUGCCUUGUAAUGUUACGUGGUCUUGUUUUCAUUGUCAAUAUUGUUAAUUGUAUUUAAUAGUCAAGCCUCUUUUUUAACAAUUUGUUACUAACUUUUUAUUAAUCAUAACUAAGUUAUUAACUAUUAUACUUAUACAUCUAGACCAAGGGUCUGCAACCUUCUAUGAGUGAAGAAUCAUGUUAUAAAUUAACAAAUUAUAAUAGUGUUAUGUACCUGAAUAUGAACAUGAUAUAACAAACAAACAAAAUUUUCCUGUGGCGAAUGGCUGGUUAUUUUAAAUAAACAUUAGACUACAUGAUAAAGUAAUAAUAUCACUGAUUUAAGGAAAUGCAAAAAAAAAAAAAAAUCAAAAUCAAAGCUAGUGCUUAUUCUUACAACAAUUUAUAUAUGAAAUUAUAUCUUAAACAAGAUAGUGUUAUAAAGGCUUAAGAUCUCAAAACAUUAAUCUUUCAGUAACCUCAUUCAACAAAAUGUGUGAAUGUCCUCCAUCAAUCAUUGAAGCUGAUAUUGAAACCAGGGAGAAACAUCAGGAGAUGAAUCAUAAUAUGCUCAAUUUUCUUAUGAAACUGUCUUGAAGAGAGAAAUUUUGUGUCACAGCCAGUUGAGUCAAGGAAAUAUUUUUGAGAUUUCUAUAGCUUCAUGAGAAGCAUGCAUUUCUGAAUUUAUCCUAUAGUUUAAAUUAUAAAUAAAAGUGUCAACUAAACCAGGACUGCAUAUCUCAUUGUAGAAAAGUGCUGACGAACACAGAAUAUCCAAUAUUUUUACAAAAACUUUUUGAUAUUUUUUCCACUAAUGACUGUCUCAGAUUACCAGAAAUCUAAAACUUCCUUGCAACCCAACUGCCACAUUUCAGUAUACCUAUAAAUUUUGUCUGUUGAAAUUUUAUGCUACAGUUCCUUUAGUUAAAUUUAAUGAAUAUUAGGCUUCACUUCAACAACACAAAACUUUUCAAAUUUAUUUUUAUCAGUGUUUCAGUGUUUAAAACAAGCAAAUGUUUUUAGAGUAAAAGCUUUUACUUACUGUUUGAUAAAGCCAACCAUGAGUUCCUCUGCUAAAGUCAACCAUGGGUUAUUCUGAUAAAGACUAUCCUGAGAUCUUAUGAUAAAGUCGAUCAUGAGUUCCUCUUCUUCUUCUUCUAUAUCUUAAGGGCCCACAAUCAAUUUAUUGAUCAUUUUGGCUCCUAUGCAUGUAGAUGGGAUUUGCAAUGUUUUUGUUACUGGUGGUGAUGAGGAAAUUAUGCACUAGGGGUUAGAAGGCUUGAGGCAAUAGACACAAAUGUGUCUAGUGUUGUCGCCUCAACUGUUCCUUUUGAAAGAUGGUUCCAGUCCCUGAUUGUCUUGGGCAGGAAUGAGCAGCUCCUAUACUGGCUUCUUGCUGGUAUGAGCCUGAAUUGCCUGUCAUGGCCUCGUCGCUGUCUAUGGGGGAGAGGGACGAGUUUCUGUUUAAUACUGGAACAGUGGACCAGCCCAUUAUUUAUCUUGUACAUCAUGGAGAGCCUGGAUUGUCGUCGUCGUUUCUCCAAUGGUGACCAGCCUAGUGUUUCUAGCAUGCUGCCAACACUAGAGGUAUUCCUGUAGCGGUUUAGGACAAAGCGUGCUGCUCGUCGCUGGACCGCCUCCAACCUGUCAAUGCUCUUCUGGGUAAAUGGGUCCCAGACUGAAGAUGCAUAAUCUAAAAUCGGACGGAUAAAGGCUUUAUAUGCUCUUUCUUUCACACAGGAGUUGCCAAUCUUUAGAUUUCGCCUUAAGAACCCCAAGGCUUGGUUUGCUUGGUUACAUACAUUGUUAAUAUGCUCGUCCCAGCGGACCUCUCUUUGAAUGGUACAGUCACUCAUGAAUUCCUCUGAUUAAGUCAACUAUGAGUUCCUCUGCUGAAGUCAAAUACUGAGUUCCACUGGUAGUCAUCAUGAGUCCUCUGAUAAAGUCAACCAUUAGUUCCUCUGCCAUUCCCCAAAGUUUAUGUUUUAUCAUUUCCAUAAACAGUAAUAUGUAAAUUCUGAAAUUGAUUUGAAAGUCGUCCAACUAUGUUGUUUUUAAUAAAUUCACUUCAUUUACCAUGAACGCUGAGACGGUUUCUGUUCUUAGGACUUAUGUUUUAACUUUGCUUCAGUGUAAUUAGUAUGAUCUAACGAUCUAACCAAUAUCAUAGACCAGAUUUUAAAAAUAUAACUUUGCAUGCAACUUUGAUCUCUUUGAGGUGAUAAAUUUCUACUUAGGUGGCCGACCCAUUUGAUACAAAUGGAUUGACCAACCACAAUCUACCCCAUCACUACAAUUUUAAAACCAAAAAUCAUCCCACGAAUACAGUUGACCAACAAUAAGUUAUGAAAACUUUGCAUCUGCUGAACUAUCACAGGUUAUUUUUACAAACUUCACUGAUGCCUUUUUUUUUUUCAAACUUCACUGAUGGCAAGUUUUACAAACUUCACUGAUGGCAAGUUUUUCAAACUUCACUGAUGACUUGUUUUUUUUUACAAACUUUACUGAUGGCAAGUUUUUCAAACUUCACUGAUGACUUGUUUUUUUUUACAAACUUGACUGAUGGCAAGUUUUACAAACUUCACUGAUGGCAAGUUUUACAAACUUCACUGAUGACUUGUUUUUUUUUCAAACUUCACUGAUGGCAAGUUUUACAAACUUCACUGAUGACUUGUUUUUUUUUCAAACUUCACUGAUAGCAAGUUUUACAAACUUCACCGAUGACUUGUUUUUUUUUCAAACUUCACUGAUGGCAAGUUUUACAAACUUCACUGAUAGCAAGUUUUUCAAACUUCCCUGAUGACUUGUUUUUUUCUUCAAACCUCACUGAUAGCAAGUUUUACAAACUUCACUGAUGGCAAGUUUUACAAACUUCACUGAUGGCAAGUUUUUCAAACUUCACUGAUAGCAAGUUUUACAAACUUCACUGAUGGCAAGUUUUUCAAACUUCACUGAUGCCUUUUUUUUUUUUCAAACUUCACUGAUGGCAAGUUUUACAAACUUCACUGAUGGCAAGUUUUUCAAACUUCACUGAUGACUUGUUUUUUUUUUCAAACUUCACUGAUGGCAAGUUUUACAAACUUCACUGAUAGCAAGUUUUACAAACUUCACUGAUGACUUGUUUUUUUUUUCAAACUUCACUGAUGGCAAGUUUUACAAACUUCACUGAUGGCAAGUUUUAAAAACUCCACUGAUGACCCUCAACAAGUUAUCAAAGCUCUACCACUGACCAAACACAAGCCAUCAAAGCUCUACCAAUGACCAAACACACAAGGUAGACUAAUACUACAGUCCCUCUGAUACUAUACAACUGUAAACGAAGUAAGCUAAAGACCAGGAGGUGAACAAUGGCGACUACUCUCAACAAUACUUUAUCGAUUUUUAAUACAUAAUUUUUAAAGGUUAAUUUAAUGUCUACAGUGUGACAGUAAUGGCUGUCGAUAUCUACCCAUCCCUCCUCACUUUUUCGCCUUCCUUAUUUUAGGCCUCUCGUUUCUUUAUUGUCUCUUUUAUCUCAGUGUCUUCUCGUUUUUAAUGUGUAAGGGGUUCUCAAAUAAUCCAUUGUCCCGGGUGCGUGGCUUGUGAAUCUAAACAUCAAUCGUUUUCACAAAAAUUAAAUGAUGUAAAGAAAUAUAUAUUUAUUGAAACUUGGACCCUAACAAAACACAAAAACAAACGGCAGAAAACCUAUUAAACACAUGGGAAAGAAAAGUUCUCCGGAAAAUAUAUGGACCAACAAAGGAUGAAUAUGGAUGGAGAAUACGAACCAACCAGGAAUGGUAUAGUCCAGGCCUGCACAACUCAAAAUGUAAGACCGGCCGUAAUGCUUUAUGAAAAUGAAAAACUUGUGCGGGUUGAAAGAAAAUAGUACAUGGGGAAAGCUAUUAAGAAAAUAAUUAAAAAUAAUAUUUCGUUACUUCGCGGGCCGCAAAGUGGGUGCUGGCGGGCCGGGUGUUGUUCAGGCCUGUAGUCUAUAUCAGGAUCCCAGGCUAGCAGCAGAAAUAAAAGAAGAGGCAGGCUACGCUGGUCAGGACGCUUAGAAAGAAUGCCAAAUGACAGAGGAGUGAAGACGGUGCAUCACCAAACCCACGGAGGAAAACGGCUCGAAGGCAGACCUAGACUUAGAUGGAUAGAUGAUGUGGAAAAAGAUCUACAGCAGCUAGGGAUCCAAGCAUGGAAAAGAAAAACAUUAGUUAGGUCUGAGUGGAAGGAAGUAGUGAGGCAGGCCAAAGUCGUGCAUGGGCUCUCGCGCCUGAGGGGUGGAUGGUCUGAGUGGAAGGAAGUAGUGAGGCAGGCCAAAGCCCUCAUGGGCUGUCGCGCCUCAGGGAUGGAUGGUCUGAGUGGAAGGAAGUAGUGAGGCAGGUAAUAGUUCCCCCCUACACCCGCCCACGUCAUGGCUGGACACCGCUAAUAUCUUACUUUAGUGUCCCCCCCCCUUUUUUUUGCACCCGCCCACGUGACGGCCCUGGUGGUUUUAAUGGUGAUUUCUCUCUUACUUACUUAUGCCUUUUACCCCACCCGGGGCACAGGGCGUCUACAAGAAUGUUCUAUUCAUCUCGGUCCUUGGCGCCUCUUAGUAUAAUAAAUCUUCAUUUUCUGGUUGUAUAUCUGGUGUGUAUGAGGGUGAAGGUCGGUUUAGUACACCCUCAAUGUAUUCCGCCCAUCUUUUGUUUGGGUUCUUUUCCUUCCGUUAUUAAUCUACCUUCUUUGUCUUUAAGCGGUUUCUCUGGCUUCUUGUAUCUUCCUGAGAGCGUUCCUGUUCAAACAUCAAGCUCUUUCGUGUUCGCCUUUCUGGCUGCUUCUUUGCCGUUGCCGCUAGACCAUCCAUCGAAGCUCUUUUAUCAUUUUUAAUGCUGUUCUUUAGCCUUCCAUUGACCAAUUUAUAGUUCUCCUGUGCUUUGGUUUUCUCUGCCCUGGUGGGUUUGUUGUCUACUGCUUUCCGCCCUGGUACUUCUGUUGUUUACUGCUCUCUGCCCUGGUGCGGCUGUUUUUUACUGCUAUCUGCCCUGGUGCGGCUGUUGUUUACUGCUCUCUGCCCUGGUGCGGCUGUUGUUUACUGCUAUCUUCCCUGGUGCGGCUGUUGUUUACUGCUCUCUUCCCUGGUGCGGCUGUUGUUUACUGCUCUCUGUCCUGGUGCGGCUGUUGUUUACUGCUCUCUGCCCUGGUGCGGCUGUUGUUUACUGCUCUCUGCCCUGGUGCGGCUGUUGGUUACUGCUCUCUGCCCUGGUGCGGCUGUUGUUUACUGCUCUCUGCCCUGGUGCGGCUGUUGUUUACUGCUCUCUGCCCUGGUGCGGCUGUUGUUUACUGCUCUCUGCCCUGGUGCGGCUGUUGUUUACUGCUAUCUGCCCUGGUGCGGCUGUUGUUUACUGCUAUCUGCCCUGGUGCGGCUGUUGUUUACUGCUAUCUGCCCUGGUGCGGCCGUUGUUAACUGCACACUAUAUUUCUUUCCUCUCGUUUAUUUGUUGCAUCUUUUUGAGUGAGAUCCAAUCUUUGCGUUUGUGCUUCACUGGUCCCAAUGCCUCGUUACUUGUCGAUGUUAUAUUUCGCCAUUGAAGUUCUCCCUGGUCCUAAUCCGUUUGGUCUUACAGAUACUUGGAACUUAUUUCUCAAGGUAACACUGAAUUCAUUUCGUCUUUGCUUGCUUGCCAGAAGUUCUAUGUUGAAUUUUUCUGCAGUUUUAGCUUAAGAGUCUUGACCCAAACUAGAUGGUGAUCAGAUGGAAAAUCAUCUCCUCUUUUAACUCGUACAUCUUGUAAAGAUCAGGAUCCCCCCCCCCCCAAUACAUAUGUGGUCAAUUUGGUUUUCUGUUCUGUCAUCAGGGGGACACUCAUAUAACCUAGUGCUGAAAUAUGCUACCCCAAUGACGAGCUCAAUUGCCGCACAGAUGUCUGCCAGUGGCGCCCCAUGAUUUCACCCCACUCCCCCUAGUCAGUAAUAAUCUCCAAAACUUAACACAAAGGACGUCCUACAUUUUAAAAAUAACAAGAAUUUCAAAAAUGUCUUUAUAGGUCUCAAGAAGAUUCCCCCCCCCCCCCAACCCCCCCCCACCCCCCUGUCUUUAUAGGUCUCAAGAAGAUUCCCCCCCCCCCCAACCCUCGCCCUCCCCCAAACCAAAAAGAAAAGAAAAAAGAAGCACAUUUGUUUUUCUCUGGUUAACCUGUAACACCAUAUUAUUAUUGAAUUUCCUUUGUCCCUCGCUCACUAUGAUUCGACUGCGCAUGUCCACAGGGGUCCCGAGCGCUUUAGUCGUUUAUGAGGCAUUAAGUUAAUUAAAAAAUGAAGAAAAAAAAACAACAACAAAAAAAAACAAGAAGAAGUUAGGCCAGCCAUUUUAUGCCUUAGUCUGAUCCAAUCUGUUCAAAUGAACGGUUGUGUCGAGAGGGCGAUCUGCGGAGAACGCCUUGGUCAUUCUAUCUGGAUACCGUAUCCACACUCGCUCCUAGCGGAUACGUGCACCGGUUGUUACCAUUGUGGAUAACUCUAUCAGUAUCGUAUCUUACUGACCGUGGAUUACUUCAUCAACAAAUAAUCUAAUUUUUGUGGACACCUUCAUCAAUAUAUUACUUUUGUGUGGAUACCGCAAUCAGUAUUGCAAUUUGUGGAUGCCGGUCCCUGCAUCACUAUAUUACAUAAAUCUACGUGGAUACUCGUACCAAUGUUACCUUUAUGGGAAUAUCUACAUCAAGAUUAAAAUUACCUUUAUGCGGACGCCGUCAUCAAGAGUACUUUUUGUGGAAACCGUUCUUUUCAAUGUUGUUUUGUGUGGAUAUGUCGCGAUAGCCAACUGCCACCCGUUCUUUUCAAUGUUGUUUUGUGUGGAUAUGUCGCGAUAGCCAACUGCCACCCGUUCUUUUCAAUGUUGUUUUGUGUGGAUAUGUCGCGAUAGCCAACUGCCACCCGUUUUUUUUUAAAGCCCCCCCCCUCCCAAACCUAAACACUUAUUGAUCGAGUUCGAGAUUGAAGAUUUCAUGUCUGAUAUUGAUAUAUAUAUUCAUAUUGGAUAGCUAGGACAAUAAUUGAACACUCAGUUUUCUUCACUCUUCCGGAGACCUUGACAAAGCUGACAUCCGAACACCCUGUUCAUUAUGGCCACGUUCAUAGCCUGUACACAAUUUGUGCUCAUGCAUUUGCAUGUUACAGCCACUGUGGUUUUUUUUUUAAAGCUUCAAUAGUGGCUGUUACAACAGAUUUGGCGAUAGAAUGUGGCGCUCAAGUGGGUGUAACGUGCUUUGUGUAUUACUUUUGAUUGAGUGACCUGGGGUCCGAAAAUGGAAUCUGGACGAGGCCCUGGCGUGGAGGGGCCUGACGUAAUCCCCGAGCAGGCGUGUGACGUCACUGUUACAAACGCAAUGUCUGUCGUGGAGGCUUCGGGUGGCACACACGCAGCGUCUUUAGAGGUUUGCGACGAUACGCAGGCGAUGUCUGUGGAGGUUUGUGACGGUAACAGUGCAAUGUCUGUCGUGGAGGUUUGUGACGGUAACAGUGCAAUGUCUGACGUGGAGGUUUGUGACGAUAUCAAUACAAUGUCUGUCGUGGAGGUUUGUGACGGUAACAGUGCAAUGUCUGUCGUGGAGGUUUGUGACGGUAAUAGUGCAAUGUCUGUCGUGGAGGUUUGUGACGAUAUCAAUACAAUGUCUGUCGUGGAGGUUUGUGACGGUAAUAGUACAAUGUCUGUCGUGGAGGUUUGUGACGGUAUCAGUGCAAUGUCUGUCGUGGAGGUUUGUGACGAUAUCAGUGCAAUGUCUGUCGUGGAGGUUUGUGACAAAAACACAAAUUCCCUCGAGAUAUGUGAUGUCCUCGUGGCUGCCACCAAAGUCACGUUGAUGGGGCUCCUGGUUACCACGGCAACACUCGGCGUGAUCCUCUCCUGGAUCUGUGAAACAUUAUUCCAUCACGUGACACCGGUUCUCGGCAGAAGAUGGGCAUCUGUUCGUGACACCCUGCGCACGAACUGGGUUCAUCGCCGACGUAACACGUCGUGGACUCUAAGGCCUAUUUCCAGGUGCUUGCCCCAGGCCUCGGUCGGGGUGGGCCGCGCCAGCUCUACAAUUCAGAGUAUCGUCUCGUGCACCCCUGACGCCGUUCUCCUUAGUUUACACUACGCACGUUUCGGCACGAGAUGGCUGGUGACUGUCUGUAUAUUUUAUUGCCGGAGGCUUCUCAGUGUUCGGCUCUCAUGUUUUGAUAAGCUCGUCUUGGCUCUGCGACACCCUACGAGAAAUUUCCGCGAGAGGAGCUCCAGGAUGCUGCAGUCUCCUUUUGUGCUCGCCUACGUGCUCACGCACCGUGGCUAUAACGUGUUGGUCGGCGGAAUCGGCCGAGUCUUCCCGACGGCGUUCGUUCUCAUGUCGGUGGGCGGCGAACAUGUGCGGGGCUACGGCGGACGAGUCAAGGAACUGGUGCACGCGAUUUUAUCGUUUCCGGGGAAGCUCAUCACGCCAGUAAGCUCAAGGAUCAAAGGUACGGUGCAUCCCAGGCUUGGAGAAGUGUGCUAUGAAUAGUUCACUGUUGGGUAGGGUAAGGGGCAAAUUAUGCUGUGUUAGGUUUUUAAAUAUAUAGAACGUCUGGUUGUACAAACUGCCGUGUACGCUGUGGAUCUUCGGUUUAUAAUGUUUUAAGCUGUACGCCCUCGGUCUAUGAUAGUGCAGGUUUUACAUUUUCUGCGUAUAACAAAGCAUUUUUUACAUUUUGUUUCUAUAAUAGUGCAGGAUGUACAAUCUUAUAUCUAUAAAAGUGGAGGUAGUAAAUUUUCUGUCUAUAACAGUGCAGGUUGUACACCUUUAGUCCAUAACUGCGGAGGUUGUACAUCCUCUGUCUAUAACAGUGAAGGUUGCACACCUUUAGUCCAUAACUGCGGAGGUUGUACAUCUUGUCUAUAACCGUGAAGGUUGUACAUCUUAUGUCUAUAACAGUGAAGGUUGUACAUCUUCUGGCCAUAACAGACGAAUGUAUAAGCUAUAACAGGCCAAUGUAUAAGUUAUAACAGACGAAUGUAUACGUUAUAACAGACGAAUGUAUAAGUUAUAACAGGCGAAGGUAUACGUUAUAACAGACCAAUUUAUAAGUUACAACAGACGAAUGCAUCAGCUAAAAAAGACGAAUGCAUCAUCUAAAAAAGACGAAUGUAUAAGCUAUAACAGACGAAUGUGUGAGCUAUAACAGACGAAUUUAUUAAGCCAUAACAGACGAAUGUAUACGCUAAAACAGACGAAUAUAUAAGUUACAACAGACGAAUGUAAAAUAUAACAGACGAAUCUAUACGCUAUAACAGACGAAUGUAUACGUUAUAACAGACCAAUGUAUGCGCUGUAACAGACCAAUUUAUACGUCAUACUUUUAACAGACGGCGCAGGAUGCUGGUACAGCAGACGGUGACGCUUGUUUCGUAAACCCUGGCGGAUGUAGGGGAACUAAUGAGUUGCCAUACCACUCGGUUCUCAUUCUGACAGCUAGACGUCCGCCACUGCGUGUGGAUCUUAUCUGGCUGUGGAUGUUGUAGUGGAUAAUAUGUGCAUAGAUGACGUGUACUCUAAUUUGUAAUGUUUAAUAAGGAUUUUUCUUUUUAUUGCAAUAGAAUGUUUGCUUGAGACGCGAACAAAAGAAACUUUUUUGAUCAGGUCAAAAUUCUCUAGGGCAUUGUUCAAAGCUUUAAGAACUCGGAUGUGUUAACGCAUUCCACAAGUUUACUACUCUGACAGAAGGAAAACAAAGUUCUUUUGUGCAAAAACCAAAUUCCGUGGUGAAACCUUUCUACAUGAUGAUAAAUAUCGAACGGUAGACACACUGGGAAAUGCAAAGGAAGGGAAUGAAUUGGCAUUCGCCCAGAAUAUUAUGUGUUAAUAUACACACACACACACACAUGUAUUUAUAUACAUUAUAUAUAUGUAAUGUGUAUUUAUAUAUUUAUAUAUGUUUGUGUAAGGUUAAAUUCCAGUACAUUUAAUAAAGUAUUUCCUUGUUGACAGGCAGUCGCUUCAUUAAAGAGAACUGUCGAUGGCUGUUUCCCAUGUUCCGAUGGCGAACGUUUCUCCCCCGCUGUAACCCACAAUGUGGCUUCAGUUUCAUCAUCGGCGCCGUUGUCCUGUUUCUGAUCAGCUAUCUGUACAUCAGCCACAGAACCCGUGUGGGGAGACCGUUUAGACUAGGGCAGCUCGGUGCCAGGCUGCACAAUGGUGCUCACAUACAGGGGUGAGUCAAGGGUGUCAGGAUGCAGGAUGGUGCACACAUACAGGGGUGAGUAGGGGGCCAGGCUGCACAAUGGUGCUCACAUACAGGGCCAGGCUGCACAAUGGUGCAUGCAUACAGGGGUGAGUAGGGGGUGUCAGGAUGCAGGAUCGUGGUGCACACAUACAGAGGGGAGUAAAGGGUGUCAGGAAGCAGGAUGGUGCUUGCAUACAGGGGUGAGUAGGGGGCCAGACUGCAAAAUGGUGCACACAUACGAGGGUGAGUAAGGAGGCCAGACUGCAGGAUGGUGCAUACAUACAUUGGGUUUCAGUUUCUAAAUAAUAAUAAUAAUAAAGAUUAUGUGAAAAUCACACUUCAUCCCCAAAGGCUCGAAGUGCUGUACAUAUCACAUUGAAGUACAAAAUGCAACAUUACAAAAACUACAUACGAGAAUACCCAUUCUAAGUCUUUAAUACCUUGCAACCAUAAACAACACAGACCAAUAUACAUCUCCAAGAUAAUGGCUAGAUAGACAACAUCACCCCAGCAGGUGUUUUCGAAAUAGAUAAGUCUUCAAAUCAGUUUUGAAAGACUCCAGUGUCUGGCUGUUUCUGAGAGCAACAGGAAGGGUGUUCCAAAUUGUUGGGCCAGCAAAUGCGAAAGUGCGCCCCUCGUAAGUCUAAAGCCGAACAUGUGGUAUCAAGAUGAGCGGAGUAGUCUAGUGGGUACAUAAGGCGUCAGUAGCGCUUUGAGAUAGGACUGUGCCUGGUCAUGCAAGCAACGGUAACACAGAGUUGCAAUUUUGUACUCUAGUGGUGGAACUGAUACAAGGUGGUCAGUGUCAUGUCUAUCCUACAUACAGGUGUGUGUGGGGGGGGGGUGUAAAAUAAACGUUAUAUAGUGAUGAAAAUCCAGGGCAGCUAUCCCCCUUGAGUGGUGGCAGUCUCCCCCCCCCCCGACCCUGGACUUGGUUAAUUCAGUGUGUGGAUGGUCAUGCAAGCAAAGGUAACACAGAGUUGCAAUUUUGUACUCUAGUGGUGGAACUGAUACAAGGGGGUCAGUGUCAUGUCUAUCCUACAUACAGGGGGGGGUGGGGGGGGGGUGUAAAAUAAACGUUAUAUAGUGAUGAAAAUCCAGGGCAGCUAUCCCCCUUGAGUGGUGGCAGUCUCCCCCCCCCCCGACCCUGGACUUGGUUAAUUCAGUGUGUGGGUCAAUGUCAGUCACAGUAUUGGUGUGUUUAAUCCAUGAGUUCAUUAUGAACAUUAGUAGUUGAUGUAAUACACAAAAAUGUUAAAUUGUUUAAACAUUUUUGACUAUUCAAUAGUAAUAUUGAUAACAAACUAUUACAAUUUCACCAAUACUCACAUUCUUCACCAAUUCUUCACAUUUUUUUUUAGAAAAUCAAAAUAUGAGAUCCUGUGAUUAUUCACAAUAUGAAUACCGGUAUUGGUACUCUUAGUCUUACAAUUUAGAUAUUGGUUUUAAUUCUUAAAAUUCACAGUUCAAUCGAGUGGCAGGGUUGCUGUACAUUCAUAACAAGUCCUGUUCCAUUAUAGUAUAGAAGGUUGGAGUUCAGUCCCAGCCUAACGAUAAUAAACGAUAAAAGCUUUUUUUCUUCUCACAAACCACCCCCCCCAUUGGAAGUAACUGCUACCCGCCACUUUGUAUAGUGGUGGUGAAGCUGAUUUGUGGGAAACAAUAAGUGGCUUGUCAGCCACAUAUACACCGGUAAUUAUGAGUGUCAGACACUCCAUAUAGUGAUUGUUAAACUGAUGUGAAUCAAGGGGUACGUGAGUUUAUCUCCCACCUCCAGGAUGUUUAUUGUAAUGUUUAAAACAUAAACAGGAAAUAUAUUAUGUAUUAUUUCUCAUGGGAGUUACCAAUAAUUGUUAUUCUUUUGUUACAAAUAAUUGUUUCUAUUUUGUUACAAGUAACUGUUGAUAUUUGUUAAAGUAAGUAACUGUUGAUAUUUUGUUACAAGUAACUGUUUUUCUUUUGUUACAAGUAACUGUUUUUCUUUUGUUACAAGUAACUGUUUUUCUUUUGUUACAAGUAACUGUUAUUCUUUUGUUAUCAAUAAUUGUUAUUCUUUUGUUGCUAAACAAAUUUGUAUCACGUUUUUGGGGGUUUUUUUUGCCUUUUUUUUUUACUGUGCUGACCAGUGACCAGUUAAUGUAAAUAAUUCAACGUUGAUAACAUAAGAAAGCGUUAAAAAUAACAUGUGUUUUCAGCCCAUGGUUUGCCAUUUUAACCAUGAAAUCAACAUUUAUUUUAAAAAUUCUGUUCUAAUAAUUUGUCAUAAUUGAUGGGACUUACAGAAUCCUCACAAUCUGUCUUGUUGUUUUGACUCAAAGGUCUGGACGAAGAAACGCAUUUUCAUCUACGGACGUGAAAAUCCCAAAGCCACGGCGGCGGUGGGAGGAAAAAGCCGAGGCUCAGAAUGAGAGUGGAGUGGAGGGGACAGUCAGCUGGAGACAAGUUUCUGAUGUGAUCAACCUGAUGGCCAAGAUGACCCCAGAUGACCCCAGUUCAGGAAAGCCAGCUGUCCAAUCAGAGGUCAGUUCAUAUUAUGUCCUGUCAGGCAGUUGGGCAUGGGGGUGGGGUGGGGUAGGGGAGAGGUCCACUCCCUCUAUUAAAUAAUAAUGUGGACUAAAAUUGAAUCACAGCCCUGAAAACAAUGCUGGCCAGGCAAAAAUAUAAUCUUAUUUUAUCAAGGCUGUCCAGGUCCUUAAAAUCAUGAGUUAUUAUAUUGGGAGACAAGGAGUGUCCAUUGGUUAUUGUUACUCCUUGAAAUUAUUAUUGAACUUAUUAUUAGAGCAAGCGAGCUGUGUUCAGUUGACUGUGUGGGUGACACACCUUGCCACCGGGACGAGUGUAGCUGAUUGACCGAAAGUUGUGUGAUAGCAAUGAAAUUGGUGUGUUUGCAUAUUUGUGGCUUGGAAUAACUGAUUAGAGGAGAUUAGAAUCGAACGACAGAAGGAGUAGAGACGAAGAAGGGCUGAAAGGUAUUGGUGAACAUCCACUGAGGUAAAUUAGUUCACCGGGAAAAUACCCUUGUUGUUACACAGAUGAGCCAAGUGGAAUGUACGUUCUAAGCUAGGGUUGGAUUCAGUUCUUCCACUCUAGUGUUGCUUGAAUGUCACAACGAGAAACAAACACACACCCUUUCACCCUUAAUCACUUCAGCCACACGCUGAAUGUCUAACUCUAAUAAUGGUAGUUAACAAAGGUCCUCAUAAUUGGGUCCAUUCAAGGGCUAAUAGGGAUGUCCUAACUUGGUCCUAAUCUCAGCUCAUCCUAUCCACCCAGGUGCUCAUGAGGCAGAUCAAGGAGCUGACUGAGGCCAUGCUGAGUGAGAAAACUAUGUUACCAAAACUCCAGGAUCCCCCGAUGUGUGUCGGAGAUUUGAAGGAAGGGGAAGUAGAGGACAUCUUUUGCAUUGUAAGUUAGAGGGACCAGAGGACAUAUUGAAAGUGGGAGAAAAUCAUGUGUUGCAGGAUAGUGUGAAAGGGGAGCAAAGGAGCAUCUGCCCCCACCUUCAGGAGGGGGCUAAAAUCAUAAUUUUUCAUGCAAAAUAUUGAUAUUAAUAUAUAUUUUUUGAGUAAGAGGGUGCCUAAAUUCAGGCUUUGUCUCUGGUUCCUAAAUUCAGGCUGUGUCUCUGAUGAAUAUUUUGCUUGUCAGGGCCCUGAUUGUAGUAUAAGGGAGAAUAUAUCUUUGAAUAUAUUUAAAUACAAUCUUGAAAUGACCCGCUAAUAAGAACUUCCUGCCAGUUUAACGUCACGAUGCCAAUCUCCCCAGCCUAAGCCGAAUUAUUUAAGCCACAUAAAGAAUCCCUGCUGGUACACUGAUGAGAUGUUUCGAGAGGUCAAGGUGCGCAAGCUCAACUGCCUGCCCUACUUUCACAUUUUGGGGUGCGCCAAGUCUGGGACAACAGAUCUCUGGAACCGUCUCAUGUCUCAUCCUCAUGUUGUCUCAAACGAUGGUCUGCUGCACAAGGAGGGCUUGUGGUGGUCCUGGCGUAGAUAUGGUGAGGCUGAUGUGUUGUUAUUCUAUGUGUAGAUAUGGUCAGUGUGCAAUGUUGUGUUCUGUGUGUAGAUAUGGUCAGUGUGCAGUGAGUAUUUUGUUUUGGUCUGUGUAUAGAUGUGGCUGGUAUGUAGACACUGGAAGAGCUGUUUGUUUGAGAAAUGAUUUUUUUUUAUUGUUUUUGUUUCCACUGAAGUGGGCUACAUCUGAUUAUAACAUAAUUUAGGGUGCCUGAAACUCUAAAAUGUUUCAAAAUUAAUACUAAUUGAGUGCAGGAUUUAUUCCAUGUGGACAUUUCCUUCCAGCUCCAGGUCCCAGUUCUAAUUAUUUAAUAAUGGUUUUAAUUUUUGCUAGUCCUGAUUAGCAGCUAAGCAUGUUUUACUGGUACCUUACACAACAAGGGAAAGCUUUCACCCAAAAAGUCAAGGCCGGCAUUAACAAAAUACUGAGCCACUCUGCAAGCUAAGACACUUCUGACAAAUUAUCAUCUCGGCCAAUGCUCAGUGUGUCCAUGCUGUGGCUUCCUCUAUUCAUAAUUAACUUGUUCAGCUAAGACCUUUAUAUUUGGCGAUGCCUCCGUCUAAAUUGAUUUCCUGAUGUCUCUGUCUAAAUAGAUUUGCCGAUUUCUCUGUCUAAAGAUUAUAUGUUAUUAAAAGCUAGAGCAUAGAGUAAGACUUAAGAUAUCCCCUAUGCCAGGUAUUUCCGGCUACAACCGCAAUAAAGUCAUGAACUUCAGUGAAUAUGUCGACCUGUUCCAGGAUACGGCCAGACAGAUACAAGCUUCAGUGGAAAGUGACAGUUUAUUACAGCAAAUACUCAUCACAGGUUAGUUCCUAGUGAUUGCUUUGUUACCGGUACUUUAUAACCCAUAAGUGCAUUGAUGAUUGGCCUUUUUAUUUUAUAACCGGUAGGUGCCUUGAUUGAUUGGCCUUUUUAUUUUAUAACCGGUAGGUGCCUUGAUUGAUUGGCCUUUUUAUUUUAUAACCGGUAGGUGCCUUGAUGAUUGGUCUUUUUAUUUUAUAACCGUUUGGUGCCUUGAUUGAUUGGCCUUUUUAUUUUAUAACCGGUAGGUGCCUUGAUGAUUGGCCUUUUUAUUUUAUAACCGGUUGGUGCCUUGAUGAUUGGCCUUUCUAUUUUAUAAUGGGUUUGUGAUUUAAUGAUGGUUUAAUUACUUUAUAACUGUUUGGUUGUUGUAUAGCUUACAACAGUGUAGCUGCCUUACACCCGUAGCUGCCUUACACCCGUAGCUGACAUAAAGAAGAGUUUAGCUGUGUAUAACUUGGGAAAUAUUCAAAGCUCCUGCUGAUGGCAUUGGAGAAAAAUAUUUUCCCAUGAAAUGACUAUAAAAUUUGGCUAAGAAAGAUAACUGUAAGCUUCUUAUUGCCAUAUCCUGACAUUGCCAUGAUCAUCAAGCUUUCACUGCCCUCCACUGACACAGGUGACGCUUCCCCGCCAGAUUUCUGGGACUUCAGAGGCUGGACCAACAUCAGUCAAAAUCGCAACCACCAUAUUCCCAGGGUCAUCACGCCUCACCUGAUGAAACAUUUCUACACCAAUCCAAAGUUUAUUCUAAUGUUUAGGGACCCGAUAGAAAGGUGAGGUAUUUAAAUGGGGGGGGGGGAUUAAUGGUUACAUCAUCACCUAUGUUAUGGUUUUAUUUAUUCGAGAACUAAAUAGAAACAUUUCUUCACCAAUCCAAAGUUUAUUUUAAUGUUUAGGGACCCGAUAGAAAGGUGAGGUAUUUAAAUGGGGGGGGGGGGGAUUAAUGGUUACAUCAUCACCUAUGUUAUGGUUUUAUUUAUUCCAGAACUAAAUCUUAAAAGUUCAAGGUUUAUCAAAUAAAAUAGCUCUAAUUUAGUUAUAUGAAGAAAAAAAGUCACAUUUUUUAAACAUUUGCAUGAUGACUUCUUGGUGUGUUUCUGAUUACUAAAUGAAAGGUGGUAGAUAAAUGUAAAUCUCAAAUUAUUUUAUUAUGUAAAACUAUACCUUUGUUUACUGAUUGUCUCCCCAGAUUGUACUCUGACUACUUUUUUGUCGGAGGCGGUCUCACCUCACUGGACUUCCAUAAUGAUGUCCUGGCUUCCAUCAACUUGGUGCACUCCUGCGUCAAACGGUUCGGCCUGGUUAGCUGUUUUUAUGACCACCGUCUGUAUAUCAAGCUGCCAGUGAGUGGUUCUAUACUUACACUUGUCACUGCCCCAAUAUGAUGAGAUGUUUAUAAUUUCUUUUCAGAUAUAGUUAUUGUAAUAGUAAUGGAUAAAAUUGGGGAGACUAAGAUGAGGGAUAUCAUAAUGCAUUUAGAGUUAGAGAAAUGGGACGCUCACACUAUGAAAAAAACCUUUCCUGCUUUUUAUUCUGUUACUAAUGGGUUUAAAGAUUUGAAGCCCUAAAGACAGAGAGAUGUUGAUUGCUCAGAUUUUUCCAAGGGAAAUAGCUUCCUUAUAUUAUUUCUAAGAAAAAAGGUGUUUUAUUAACCCACUAACUGUCCAUUGUAUGUUUCUGUACUGUGCAGAGCUCUCUGGGUGCCUUUGAAAAAUGUGAUUUUUCACAUGUAAAUACUAUAGCUAGACCCCAUAAAGUAUAUAUUUAUUGAAAGUAAACUGGGUGGGGAAUCAUACUGGCUAUUUUUAAAUGAUAUUUUAGACUCACUGACCGUGACCUUGCAGAAAAUAAAGAAAAUUUUUCUUUUCAAGUACUUCAAACUACAAUCUCUUUGAAGGCAUAUUAUUAUAAUAUUUAUAUAAUAUGAUAGUAUUUUUAUUUAUCUUUCAGAAAAUGUAUUAUUUGUAUAUGUUUUAGUUAUUAAUAGAUUUAAAUAAAUAAAAAUAAAUUCUUCUGAUACCUAUAAUCACGUUCAAGCUACAAAGCAUGACAUAAACAAUGUAAACAUUACUAAAAAGCAAGAAAAAUAUAAAAUUUAAAAAAGCUAUUAUAUAAAUAUUUAAUCCAUAAAAUGAAAUAUAAGAAAUGAAAUAUAAGAAAACAUAUAUAGAACAACAUCCAAUUAUUUUUUGUUGGUACAAAAUCAUCUGCAACAUAGUUUUAACGAGUCCUGUUCUUGCGGCAUCGCCUACUCGUUCUUGGCCUAGGUCUAAAUCGUCCGAACUUUUGCUUUCUGGCCCACAAGAAAAAUAAUCGGAAUUAUCAUUGUUUUCGUGUGUGAUCGGAAAAUCAUCUUCCGAAUCACUUUAGUCAUUAACUAAUAAGAAUUGUCACAAAGAUUCCUAACUAAUUUAUUUUGUAAGCCAGAUGGUCCAGCUAUGGCCUCAUCCACUUCGCGAAAAUCUGACAAAAAUUUGCUUGAUAAAGAUCGUUGUAAAAAUAACUGCAAAGUUUAAAAAAAGGACACGGAAGAGCGAAAAAUGGAAGUUCAUUUAUUAAUGAAAGGAAGUAGUUUUAUUUGGUGUAAAAUAUUGGACUGGAACUUAUUCUUUCAACACAUUUUUUAUCGGCUGUUUUUAUCGGCCGACACAGUUUGGGUAGAGGACAGUUCGAGGACAGUAAAUGUAAUAAAAAUAACUUUACACACUGUUCAGAGUAUGCACAAAUAUUUCCUUACAAUACAGCCUCCAAGUAACUUUCUUUGUGCUAAAUAUCUUUAACUUUUGUCUCUACAUUUUUAAGUGUGUUCAUUGAAGAAGGCUUUGGCUGAGUGUGUUUUUGGGGGGUCUUUUCUCAAGCCUUCAUUAUUAAGUGCUUCAUAUUUUCUUGUAUACCAAGUAGAGCAUAAUGUUCAUUGAAAUUUUUUUAUAUUUAACUUGUUAACCAGUGCCUUUUGUGCUACAGGUUGAUAAACAUUUGUUGACUAACAUUGAAUUUUAUUAAAAAAUCGAGAAUCUUCUUGCGUGAUACACAUAGCUGAGCUUUUACCUUUUACAGAUUUCUUUUUUUAAAUUAAACUUUUUGAAAGUUUUUUUUUUUACAGAACUUCUAGUAAUAGAAGCCCAGCUCUUAACCGGAGAUGAUUAAAACUAUUUGUUCACCCUGCAGGUUCGUCUCCCCUUUGCCUGUUAUUCCGUUUUCAUGCGAGAGUGGCUGCAGGUUUUCCCUAAAGAGAAUUUCCUCCUAAUUAAAACAGAGGAAUAUGAUGAAGACUCUGAGGCAACACUAAAAGAGGUCAUGGCAUUUCUUGGACUGGGUACUGUUCUUUUCAUUUAGCUUUUAAUUUUAAGCAUGAUUUCUCAGAUAAGCUCAAACCAGAGCUGAAACUUUCCUUUUUAAAAUAGCUGUAUCAGCCUCACUGUAAAGCAGCUGAAAUCUGUAUCAGUCCCACUGUAUAGCAGCUCAAAUCUGUAUCAGCCUUGCUAUAAAGUAGCUCAAAUCUGUAUCAGCAUCACUGUAAAGCAGCUCAAAUCUGUGUCAGCCUUGUUGUAAAGCAGCUCAAAUCUGUAUCAGCCUCGUUGUAAAGCAGCUCAAAUCAGUAUCAGCAUCACUGUAAAGCAGCUCAAAUCUGUAUCAGCAUCACUGUAAAGCAACUCAAAUCUGUAUCAGCCUUGUUGUAAAGCAGCUCAAAUCUGUAUCAGCCUCACUGCAAAGCUGUUUUAAAAUAAAGUUACAGUUUUUAAUAUUUUAUUUUUGUUGUUGUGGAAUGAAAUGAAGCUGCGCUCUUUAUGAUUUAUUACCAACACCAUUUAGCCAAAAUUUCAUUUUGAAAAAUUGAUAAUUAAGGUAUCACAAUCACACAGGAGCAACUGUCAGGUGAGGGGAGAUGGUAAUAAGGUAAAAUGCUUUUUAUGGAUACACUCCUGUUCUGUUUUGUGGUUCUUUUGCCCUCAUGCCAUGAUAAAAAUCUUAACGGUCUCGAUAUUUCUUUGUAUGGCCAGGUCCACUGAGAGAAAAUGUACUGCAAGAAAUAACAGAAGAGGAGAGGUCCCGGGUGACAGUACAAAGGAAAAUAGCUGGGCCAAUGAGAAAUGCUACCAGAGAAAUUUUACACUCUUUGCUUGACCCUUGCGGUCUGGAGUUGGCAAGGCUGCUUAAAAAUGAUAAAUUUACCUGGAGUUAAUAACUAUAAUUUGUUUACCUGGAGUUAAUAACUAUAAUUUGUUAGUGUUAUUGCAGGGAAAGCCUUUUUUGUGGGGGUUUGCUUGAAAGGAUUUUUAUGAUUAUAUAAAUUUGUUAGUGUUUAAGUAAUUAACUAUUUGUUGGUGUGAAACUAUAAAACUAUUUUUUUAGUUUUCAAAUGUAUGACUAUGUGUUGAUGUUAAACUUUAUGGCCUUACAAAAAUCCUUUAAAAAAAUAUAAUUGUCCUCCUACUUAAUUUUUUUAUAAAAUUAAUGGAGUGAUGAAAAAAGUCUGACUUGUUGGUCUGAUUUAAAUCCACCAAUAUUUCCUGUCAUACACCUUGGCGGUGUUCACAAACUUAAGCAACAAAGCUGCAUAUUUUGAUUUUACCACAUACUUUUAAAUCUUAAAAAUUAAAUUUAAGAAAAUUACAUACCUUCAAUAUAUUAUUGCACCCAAAAAUGCAAAAAGUCACAUAGUCAUAUAGCAUUGGCACACAUCAAAUAACUUUGUAGUAUAAUUAUAACCUAUUUAUUUGAUCCGCACCUUUUGUUUUUUUUAUUUUGAUAUGCUUGGUUGUUAUUAAUGUUGGUGAAGAAAUGUAACAUACAUUGUUUUUUGUUCAAGUUAAAGAAUGGACUGAAAUGUUCUUGUAAUGUUCUUAUUAUAUCUGUAUUUAAGACUUAUCCUCCUUGGACAGAUUAAUAUAUAUAUACAUAUAUAUAUAUUCUCAUUUUUAUAUUUACAAAUCAAUUGUAUGAUAUUAUACAUUUACACUUGUUAAGGAAACCCUUCUCUGAUGUUAAAUAAAUGCUACUUGGCUCAAUGAUUCUUAAAUUGUAGAAAUAUUUCUUUCUUUAAAGAUUACAACUGAGCACUAUUUUUAUGCAUUAUGUACAUUAAAAUUAUGGUGCUAGCUAGGGGAAGUGGGGAGACACUAUUUAGUGCAGGUUUGGAAAAACUAUGGCUUGCGAGCCAAUUGUGCCUCACUGGCCAAUUCGGGCUCGCUCCUCCAUUUUGAAUGGGCCACGCUUCCUUUAAAAAAAAAAAAAAAUUAAAUAAUCAUAUAAAUUGGAAAGAGGCCCAAAAAAAAAAGGAUUUCUGACCUGAGACGUAACUACUGUUAGGGGUUGUUUUGUUGUUCUGGUGAAGCAAUAAAUUCCAUACUUUCACCAUUUAUCGCUCCCAUGCCUCUCUUACCUCUUUAAUCUUGCUCGUAGCUACAACAGGUUUACCCACCCCUAAUAUGUAUAUCUAAAAAUCUAUGAUCUCUACCAAUGUUGAUUGGGUCUAUGUGCAAUGUCUAAUAAUGCUUGAAAUGUUACUUUAAAGAGCCAAACCAGUUACUUGCUCUCUAAUGUAGAAUAUCUUAAACCUUUUUUAUAAAAAAAAGAGGCAAUAUUCAUGCAAAAAUCAUUUUUAACUGUUUCAAUAAUGUGUGCCACUUGAGGUAAAAAGUCUCCAACCGAGAUGCAAAAGAGUUUGUUUUAAAAAUAGAUUUUUCAGCUCCAACUCUCUAUAAAAUCUUCCAGCUUGCAUUCCUGUUGUUUUAAAAAUGUGUAAUUUUUUUUAAACAUAUAUAAAUUUAUAUGUAAUGAAGUUAAAUUGUGAACAGUAUCAGUGGCAAUCAUGUGAUCACAACAACCCUUCAAUAUGCACCUUUACAGGUGUAUUUUUUGAAUGUUGAUUUCUUUCAAGCAGCUGGUAAAGUUGUUCAAAAUUAAAAUAUUAAAUAUUUAAGCUACGAUUAGUGGUUUCUGCAGUUUUUCCCAAACAAAAUUUUGAGAAUCUUUCAGACAUUUUAAAGUCUUCC